AUGUUUUCACCAGAAGAAUACUUAGCAAGAGAUCAAGUUAUAUCACAGUUCUCUCAACUUAUGGCCAAGAAGAAACGAGGUGGAACACUUGAAAUCCCAGAAGCUGACCCAACUGAUGAUGGUAGUGACAAUGAGGAUGAAGGGAAUGAGCAGAUUGAUGAAGAGUUAGAAAGUGUUCAGGAAUCUGAUCUUCAAGCAGAGCAACAUAUCAUAGUUGAUGAGUUGAUCAACGAUUUUCACGAAGAAAACAUGGGGGAAAUGGAGUACCAUGCAGGAGAUUACGCAAUCAUACAGUGUGGAGAGAAGGCAUAUGUUGGGAUGGUACAAGCUGUUGAUGGCGAACUUUGCCACAUAAAAUACAUGAGACGAACAGGAUUGUAUUUUGGAUGGCUUGAUGAUGAACAUGCAUCUUGGCAGGACAAGGAUGACAUUCGCGCUAGAUUAUCAGCACCAUCCAUUGAUCGCCGUGGACAUUACAUAUUCUCAAAGAAAGAUGACCAGAACAUGAAACUAUAUAAACUGUAG